GGGUGUCGGCAGCUGUGUGACGUCAUCCCAUUUGCGGCAGGAGAAAUCCUUCAGGUCAUGUUUUCUCAUCACAGGAACACAUGGCUCGCCUUCUCUAGACUUGAAAGUUACGCCGGGGCUCGGAAGUAACUUUUUCAUUAUUAUUUUUUUCCCAUUUAUUUUAUGAAGUUGCGACUACGUCUUUGAACCUGGAUUAUUGUUACGCUUACUUAUAAAUCAAAUAAACAAAAAAGAAAAGGGAACUAGUUCAAUAGCUGGACAGCUUUCUUCGUGGUUUCAACAUUCAGCAGCGAGGGGUCCGUAACACCCGCAUGGAGUAUUUGCCCGCACAGGACCGUGUGUUAUUGAUAAGAUGUGAUCUCUUGAGUAUGGGGUUCACUUUCUCGUGUUGAGGAAUUAAUCGGGGACUUCGUAGCAGAGGUAAGGAAAAAAGAUUGCCAGCCGCUCGUUCUACUCGCAAGGAAAAGUUAACCACAGAACUUUUUAUUUCUAUUUUUUAUUUUUCAUUACGCAAUGAUUUUAAAAAGAGGACAGUUACAGCGAAGAAGUCAAAUAUUACAACAAGGUUAAACAGCACGUCUGUCUGUCUGUUUGUUUGUUUGUCUGUUUGUGUUACAACAAGACAGAUUACCUGCUGUAAUACUAGAAAUGACUAGAAAUCACUGCCACAACAUCACGUCGGUGCAGGAGGGGCAAAGUCCUGUCAUCAGCGCAGUGAUGUUCACGGCUGGGGUGGUGGGCAAUGUCAUCGCCCUCUGCCUUCUGCGGAUCCCACAGAGGAAGACGAAAAACAAACACCGCGUGUUCCUGUUCCACAUCCUGGUGACCUGUCUGGUGGUGAUGGAUCUCCUCGGGACCUGCCUCAUCAGCCCGGUGGUGCUGGCCUCUUACAGCCUCAACCAGACUCUCGUUAACCAGAACCUGGAAUGCGGAGCGCUCUGUAAAUAUUUCGCUUUCACCAUGACGUUUUUCACCUUGUCCACCAUGCUCAUACUCUUCGCCAUGGCCGUGGAACGGUUGCUUUCCAUUGGGUGCCCUUACUUUUACCAGAGACACAUCACCAAGCGCUUCGGAUACAUCGCCAUCCCGGUCACGUACGUGAUUUGCCUGCUGUUCUGCUUGCUACCCAUCAUGGGUUUCGGAGAGUACGUGCAGUACUGCCCGGGGACCUGGAGUUUCAUCGACAUGAACGCCUCGGAGCGGACAAACAGGGUCUAUUCCCUGGUCUUCGCCAGCGUCAUGCUCGUAAUCAUCUUCUCCAUCCUCCUGUGUAACGUCCUGGUCAUGGUUCAUCUAAUAUUUAUGCACAGGCGGCACAAGCAGCGCCGCGGUUCCAGUUUCCCCCGGGGCAGGACGGACAGGGGCGCCGCGGUCUCCGUCACCGAAGAAGUGCAACACCUGAUCCUGCUGGCCUUCAUGACAGCCUGUUUCAUGAUGUGUUCAUUGCCGUUCACGAUACAAGCGUACAUCAACCACUUUUCCCGAGUCGAGAAUCAUGUAAAGGACCUGAGUGCCCUCCGGUUUCUGUCCAUUAACUCCAUCAUUAACCCCUGGGUGUUCAUCAUUCUCAACCCUUCGGUCCGACGGGUCAUCAUGAAGACGAUCCGCAGGUCCCUGUCCUCUAGAAAACAAGAAGGGGUGCAGGGCUCGGUCCUCCUGCAGAGCAAGAAGCAAAACCAGCUGGAACUGUGCAGCAAGACUUCUUGGAAGGGGGGCUCCGCCCCAGACAACCACAACCCAGCUGUUUAAGUUUCGGGGUUUUUCUUGUCUUGUUUAUAAAGCUGCUAUACUUGUUUAUGGUAAUUGACAGGCCAGUGCUGUUCAGAUAAACUCAGGGAUAAACACCAGCAAUCAGCAAUGGUGUCAGGCAUGCACAGUAUACUGUAUUCCAUCCCAUAGGAGGCUGAGGGACCCAAGCCAGAGCUAUCAAACCUACAGGCUCUGACAGCAGGAAUGUAGGCAAAGCAAAAAAAAGUGAAAAUCAGUAGUUUACAUUACAGAAAUAAACAACUUAAGAAUGCUUAAGCGUUUCCUUGGAUUGAGUUCCUCAGGCUUUGUAACUUCAAGAGGUGUUUCUGUUCUACAGAAGAAAGUCAUGCUGAUGGAGCAAAGAACUCUGGGAAGCAAAGUGAACCAAAAUAACCCCCUUCCUGCCCGGCCAGAGUUAGAUAACAAACUGGGGGGAAAUCCAAACAUCUCCGAGCCAAGAAUGCAUCCUCGCUGCAAGCCAGUCAGCAUCUGCAACCCUAAUGGGGACUGAAGAGCAGCGUUUGAGAUUGCAUUAGUUCAGAGCGCGAGCCCCUCUUCCAGUGAGAAGGGUUGGGAGUAUCAUUGAGAUUGCAUUGGUUCAGAGCGCGAGCCCCUCUUCCAGUGAGAAGGGUUGGGAGUAUCAUUGAGAUUGCAUUGGUUCAGAGCGCGAGCCCCUCUUCCAGUGAGAAGGGUUGGGAGUAUCAUUGAGAUUGCAUUGGUUCAGAGCGCGAGCCCCCCCUUCCAGUGAGAAGGGUUGGGAGUAUCAUUGAGAUUGCAUUGGUUCAGAGCACGAGCCCCCCCUUCCAGUGAGAAGGGUUGGGAGUAUCAUUGAGAUUGCAUUGGUUCAGAGCGCGAGCCCCCCCUUCCAGUGAGAAGGGUUGGGAGUACCAUUCCAGUAGCUGAUGAAAUGGGUCCUUACAAGUAUAGGUAACCUUUUAUUGAAGCAUGGAUAGAUAAUUCACAAUUAUAGAAUGAUUAGGAUAGAAUUGGAAACUGAUGCCACCUAUUCCUGACAGGACUUGAAUAGGAACACAGGCUUUGCUCCACUGUGACCCAUAAGAUUUACUACUGGAGAUCAGAUAGGGGCACCAGCAUAGCAUAGACACAGAGACCUCUUUCACACAAUGAACAUCACUGAAAUCUCAAUUCACAGCAGUCUUGACUACAUGGACAUGGAAAACAGUUUGGAACAGUAUCCAAAGCAAAGAGAUAUAACCCCCUGAUUCUGCUGCUUGUCUUUGAAGUGGAAGAAAGAAAGGGGAGCCGUUUUACUACAGUCUGCGUGACGUAGGAUCUGAAUUACCCAGCACCCCUACAAACACGAAACGUGUCUCCUCAGACCACUGGAAUGGAAAAGCAAGGAACAUAAACAUUACUACGCCAGGUCCUGUUUAUUUGGCGUACGGAAUAAAACAGCACUGAGUAGGAAGAUGAGCCCACGUUAAGAGACAGGCCCCCUGCCGUUCAGGGCAGCGAGCUCUCUUGUUCACUGAAUGAGAUGGAUUGAUAUUACAGGGAUGGCCAUUGCAGAGCAGUUUGAUCCAUUCCUGGUUUUAUGAGUUUAAUAAGACACACCUGAGUUGUUACCUAUACACGGUGGCUAAUCAAGCUGGUAGUAAAACCUGGAAUGGGUGACACUGCUGUGCAAUAGGAGUCUUAUUUCCAUCCCUGUGUUAGUACUGGAGCUGACCCAUACUAUUACAUUAGUACAUAUACUGUAAGUGUAACCUUCAGUGUCAGUGCAAAACCUGUCCUGUAUAGUGUUAUUCCUACCUAAUACUGAGCACCAAAAACUGCUCAUUUCUUGUAACAAUUGAUUGUUGUGCAUCCCGGCUUCUUGUUUUAAGAGGUUAGGUGCCCAGGUUGGUGGCAUGGGUGUCAGUAUAUCACAAUGGCAGAGCUGUUGCAUGCCGCUAACCUACAGCAGCAAAAAGGAUUCAAAUGUGGUUGAACCCUAAAUAAAUCUAUUUUUUUCA